UUCUAAUAAUGGAAGAGACAGGUGAAAUUGAUGAGAAUAUUGCAGUUAAAGGGGACUUGGAACUCAAUCUCAACACAUUAAAGCUGGUUCCCUGUCCGUAUGUCGAUAUUAUUACAGAAUUUGCGGACGUUGAGAUUUUCCUCAUUUCUUUCGAUUCUUUACUUUUGGAAUUAUGUGCUUAUCGAUAUCAUAAUUGGAUUUUGGGUGGCCAAACUAUUGUUAUUAGCGAACAGUUAAAACACUUCCUCUGUGCGUUAGAAGAAUUAAAUGCAAAAUUCAAAAUUGUUGUAUUUUCUGAUUUGAGUGUUUUGUUCAACAAAAAUGGAUAUUUAUCGUUUUUGUAUUCAUAUCUUUUACGAUUUUUAACUUCAAGUAAAUGGAGUGGAGACAUUGAAAUUUUUAAUUCUCCGCUUGAUAAACGUUGGAAUGUUUUUCUCCAUCAAUUAACGCCUUCAUUUAUUUUAAUGUCAUUAGAAAAUGCUUCUCCAAGGGAAAUUUUUGGAAUUGAAAAAUUAACAAUUGAUGAAAAAGAUAAAAAGAAGAAGCAAAUAACAGUUUAUGAGGAUAUUGAUUUUGCCAGUUUUUUUAUUUCAACAUCGUUCCAAUUAAUUAAUGAAGCAAUCCCUGUUGUAUUAUUUAAUGCAUUUACUAUCAAUUUCACUUCUGUUAUGUCUUUUCGUUUUUCUACAGUGCCGAUAAAUAUUGCAAAUUUAAAUAAAAAGAUUGCUGCUUUGUGGACGAAAAUAUCUGAAGAAAAGCAAUUAAACAAAAUUGAAAUUCAACAACAAAUCCAAAAACAAGUUUGUGAAUGUAAAACUGCGGCACAAUUUUGGGCAUAUGUUGUUUGUAAAGCUAUGAAGGAUAAUGACAAAAAGGAUGAUAAUUUUGAAUAUGUUUGUAUGUCUGUUAUUUUGUCUGCUUCGGUUUGCGCAAGACUUGGAACUGGAAGGAAGUAUUUGGAGGAGGAAGAGAACAAUUGGAGAAAUGAUCCUGCGCUUAAAAAAUUUCAAUAUUUACAGCUUAAAGGAAAGGCCUUUUUGGAGCAAUCUUUAUUGGAUUCUGAGUGCAUUAAUUUUCCCCUAGAAGAUUUAUGGGAUGGGCGUAUGGUUCUCUCUCUAUACAAGAAAAUUGUAGACAAAAAGACGAUUUUGCCUUUGCGUCUGCAAAAAGAAUUUGCGGAUCUUCAUGGAAUUGUUGGCUUCAAAGUUUCAAUUCCAACAGAUGUGAAGGAAGAAUUACUUGACCAACUAUCACCGAGUGAGGCUCCAUCGACAAGAAUGGAUCGUUGUCAACUUUAUGCAAUUAAAAAUGAAUUUUUGGAUCAAUACAUUCCUGAUUUGUUGACUGACACAAAAGUCGUUCCUUUAACAACUUUUGAGCAUGACUAUGCGAAAAUUAUUGAACAUGCAUACAGGUGGAAUUUUGAGCCUAUUGGCGACUCUUUAAUGUUACAAGAAGAGAAGCAACGUGAAUAUGAGAAAAAACAACUUCAGGAUGCGAGAAAGGCGAGGAAAUUAAUUUGGCAGAGACAAAAUUUAUCAGCAUGGUUUGGAGGCCAAUUACUCGUCGAUUUUUCUCGUGUCGUUAAGGCUUCAGCAAUUACUGAGGAUACGGAUAAUGAAAAUAGCCGUCCGUCUUCACAAAUGAGCAAGAAAAAUGUUCAGAAAAAGGAAGGGAAAGGAGCAAAGAAAGGAGGAAAGCCGGGAGCUGGUGGUUUAAGUAAAAAAGAACAAAUUUUACAGCAAAAUAUUGAUGCAAAAAGAAAACAACAAAUAGAAAGUGAUAAGCUUAAAAUUGAAUAUGCCACGAGAUUAAAAACUAAUACUUUAAAUGCAUUGGAUGAAUUGUUGAAACGUUUAGAUUUAGACGAAUCUAAAGCUCUUUGUAUGUAUCAAAAAGUUAUUCGUUAUGCCGAUGUUUUUUCUGAACAAUUAACUUCAUUUGAAGAUAUAAAUCAAAAAAGAGAAGGAGCACUUGGAUUAGUCGAAUCUGUUAAGGCGAUGUUUGUAAAAUAUUUUAAUUUUAUUGAUGAACAACAAAAAGAAAAGAUUCUCUAUCUUUGGGCAUCCUUAGGAUUUGGAAAAGCAGAAUCAUUGAAGCGUCGACCAGACAAACAAAUGGAUUUACAAAUAGAUUUAAUUCAUUAUCAAUUAAAAUAUGGAGGUAGAAUGAUUGAUGUUUUGACGGAAUUGGCAACAAAAAAAGAUGAUCGUGUUACUGGGUUUAGCCCUGAUGCUUGGCAACGAAAGAUGCUUGAUGCUGUUGAUCAAGAUAAAAGUGCAUUAAUUGUGGCUCCAACUUCAGCUGGUAAAACAUUUGUCUCCUACUAUUGUAUUGAGAAAGUUUUGAGAAAAAGUGACGACGACGUUGUUGUUUAUAUUUCACCUUCAAAACCACUGACAAAUCAGAUUGUUGGUUCUGUUUAUGCACGUUUUCGAGGGAAAGCAAUGUCAAGUGGAAAAGUUCUUUACGGAAUUUUUAAUAAUGAAAUUAUUGAUAAUGUUUUGAAUUGUCAAGUUUUGGUAACUAUUCCUGAAUGUUUUGAGCAAAUUUUGCUUUCUUCUGAUCCUCGUUGUCAAUCUUUUGUUUCUCGAAUUAAAUAUGUAAUUCUCGACGAGGUUCACUGCAUCAAUCAAAAAGACACUCAAGGGCGUUCAAUUGGUGAUGUUUGGGAACAUAUCUUUUUACUUAUUCGCUGUCCUUUCCUCGCACUUUCUGCAACAAUUUCUAAUAUUAAUGAGUUAAAAGAAUGGUUGAAAUCCGCUGAAUGUGCAAAGCCUUUGGAGGGGUUACCAGCACGAGAAGUUGAAUUAAUUACUUAUGAUGAACGAUGGUCAGAAUUAGAAUUGAGUUUGCAACGACUUUCGGUUUGUUCAAAGGAUUCAGUAAGUGAAGAAAAUGGUAGAGAAUCAAAGCAAGAAAAUACUGAAUCAAAGAAAGAAGAUGAAUCGAAAGCAGACUGGAAUGAUGUAGUGCAAUAUUUUAAUCCAUUCGCUGUUUAUAAACUUGAAAAGCUUCGAAUGUUCGGCAUUCCUGCUGAUCAACGUUUAACUGCACGUCAGAUUCUCGAACUUUACGAAUUUAUGGCUAACAUCGAUGAUAGUGUUAAAAAAGAUUUUGAACCAACAAAAUAUUUUACUCAAUUAUGUCGUGUUGAUGAGAAAUCUCCAGAUAGCGGUGCUGCUUGGUUAAACAGAAAAGAUUUGCGUCAAUUCGAAAAUGCACUCAAAAAUCGUUUUGUUCAAUGGAUGAAUGAAGAUAAAACAAAAAUUGAUAAAAUAUUUGAAAUAUUAGAGAAAGAAGUUGGUGAAGAAUUUGAAAAACGUUCAAAGCCUUAUGAUAUGCGUAAAUCAGCUCUAAACAAUAUAUUGCCUUUGAUUGAUCAGCUCAAAAGGAAAGAGCAACUUCCUGCACUUUGUUUCAAUGAUGAUCGUGAUAUUUGUGAAAAAUUGGCAAAGCAUAUUUUUAACGAAUUAAAGAAAAGAGAAGAAACUUACAAAGCUAGUCCAGAAUUCCAAAAGAAAUAUAAUUUAAAAGCCGAAGAGAAAGCUUUAAAAUUGGCAAAACGCAAACGUGAUGAGGAAGAGCGUGCUGCAAAACGAAAGAGUAAACGUGUUGAUGAAGAUGGUAAUGAAGAUCGUUUCGAAAAGGAUGAUAUGCCAGAAGAUGGCGAUGCGUUUGCAUUAAUGAAAAUUCGUAUGCGUGAGGAUUUGGAAAGAUUCAAAUUGUGUUGCCGUUGGAGCGAUGAAGAUAUUUACAACCGUUGUAUUGAGAAAUUAAGUAAAAAGAUAAAACGACCUGAAGCUCGAUCUUUGCUUACUCUUUUUGAGCGCGGAAUUGGCUUUCACCAUGAUGGUCUUUCUAAUGCAGAACGCUCAGCAGUUGAAGUGCUCUUUCGUAGAGGAUUUUUAGGGAUUGUUUUUUCAACAUCAACACUUGCACUUGGUAAAAUUCGACGUUUACUUACAGCUAGUCUUGCUACGUUAAGAGGAAAUGUACCCUUUACAACAGCAUUUCUUCUUCGAUUAAUUUCUUUUGUUAAUGGAGAAUUAUCUAAAGAACAACAAAAAUUAUUGAAAAAUGCAAGAACUCAGGGAGGUGGAAAAUCUUCAAAAAUAGACAAUAAUGACGUUUUAAAUGAAGAAGUGCGAAGAAAGGCUGCUUUAACUUUAUUAAAAGUGCCUUUUGUUUUGCAAACGCAUAAUAGGAAUUUUAGUAAUUUAUUAAGAUUUUUGACAUUUUUUUAUGUUCAAUUGCUUAGAAGAAUGCAAUUAUUGGAUGAAAAGUGCAUUCCACGAGGUUUUGCUCAUUUUGCCUUACAUUUGAGUCAGUAUGAUCCUGGCAGUCUUGUUUUCAUUCAUAUUCUUCAAACAGGCGUUUUACAUCGUUAUAUUCAUACAACAUAUGAAGAUCUCUAUCACGAAGAUAAUAGAACAAAAGCUAAAGAGGAUAUAAUUUUUAUAUUGGCACAUAUAUUUACUCAAAAACUUGUGUCUUUAAACGUUGUUGAUGAACAAAAUUUAGAAAAAGAGCCUGUCCUUCCUGCACUUCCCGACAGUAUUGAAGAUUCAAUAAAUGAAUAUAAUAAAUCUGUUGAGGAACUUGCAUUAGCUUCGUUGCAAUUGGGUUCAAUUAAUCGAAGACUUGAGAAUCCAAUUAUUGCUUUGAGUGGAUGUACUGAAGAGUCUUUACAUUUAAGUAGAGGACAAAUCGAUUUUGCUUCAGUUUUUAACAGUGAUUUACAACUUGAUGAAAGAUUUAUUCCUUUCGUUUAUAUCGAUAGAUUUGACCAUCGCGGACGGAAGAUCUACAAAAAUAGUUACGCGUUGGACUUUUGGAAGAACCCGGAUGCAGAUGCAUUGGUCACUCGCAAUCGAUUAAGUGUUGCUGAACGUUGGUAUUUAAUUAAUGAAUUUAGUAAAUUAUUGAGCGAUAUAGCAGUUGGAAUUGAUUCAAUUGCUAAUAAAAGAGAUGAUUUACAUAAAUUAAUAGUUGGUGUGCCUGCAGAAGAACGUCUCGGAAUUGCUGACGAAUAUGAAGAUAAAUUUAGAAAAGCAUUUAAUAUGAAAAGAAGAUUUGUUGAAGAGAAGACCGGUGAUGCUGAAACCAGUGAGAAAAAAGAAUUAAAUAUUCAAGAAAAUGAAUAA